UCCUGACAUCAUGUGUGUUGCCAUAAAUGCAGCCACCACCGGUACAAACAACCUGCCUGCCUCCGCUACCUGUCGUCCUGUGUGCCGGUCUCUUGUGCCCCUUGCCCUGGCUUCAGUCCCAGCUCCUCCUCCUCCUCCUCCCCCUUCUCCGACUUCCUGCCAAGGGUUGUUGCCGGCGGAGGAAGAAGAGCGCGAGAGACCGAGACGACGAUGGUGAUGAUGGGGCAGCUGGGGCGGCUGGUGGACGGCAUCAAGUCGAGGCUGCGUGCCGGCGGCGGCGCCGGGAGGAGGGGCGGCGGCCGCUCGGGGAGGAAGGCUUCGGCGUCGGCGUCGGCGUCGGCGGCGGGCUACGACAAGGUGGAGAAGACGGACAGCAUGCGGGUGGAGAUCCGCAGCCGCCAGGCGCGCAAGCUCAUCGCCAAGAACCUCGACGCCGCCGACUCCAUCGCGCGCGCCGCCCGGGCCAACAGGCGCUUCUCCUUCCUCGCCUGCUGACCAGCAUCGAUCGCGAGGAGCCAAGAGCCAACCAACCAAGAGCUCCAUCAGGAACUACUGCUACUACCAUUCCCGGUUCUCUACAUCUGUUUUACUACCUACGUAGUAAUAGUGCAAGCAGGCACCAAAAAUUGCAUGCCGAGUAUGUGACUCUGUAGUUUCUUAUACUGAACAAAAAAAAGGCUGUAGCGCGAUAGGAACAUCUCCAGCGGUCUUCGUUUCCUCAAUAAUCUAUCAAUAUUGGAAAAAGUAUACUCUACCAGUCCACCAAAACCUCUCAAUUUUCUCAAUAAUAUAUUAUUAGUUUGUCCGGAUAUUUUACCCCAACUCUAAUAGAGAAUUUCUACUCUCCCAA